AUCCUGUGGGCAACUGUUUUGCCACCAUGUGUAUGGAGUGCUGGACUAGAUAGACUUUUGCUCUAAUCCAGCCUUGUAUUUCUUUCUUUUGUUUUUUUUUAGGUUAUUUGGAUAUAUGUCUCUUCAAUUUCAGUUGGAUCUAGUCCCAGAUAAGUUACAUAGGUUUGGCAUCCUAAUGGGGAAGCUAGUUUUGAUUCUUCACUCGUUUAUGUGUGCAAUUCUCUGAGAUGUCCUUGGUAGAUUUGGGAAAGAAGCUUUUAGAAGCUGCACGAGCAGGGCAAGAUGAUGAAGUUCGCAUUUUGAUGGCCAAUGGUGCACCUUUUACUACAGACUGGCUGGGAACAUCUCCGCUUCAUUUAGCAGCACAAUAUGGGCACUAUUCAACCACUGAAGUGUUACUUCGAGCAGGUGUAAGUCGAGAUGCCAGGACCAAAGUGGACAGAACUCCAUUGCAUAUGGCAGCUUCUGAAGGCCAUGCAAGUAUUGUAGAAGUUUUACUUAAGCAUGGUGCUGAUGUAAAUGCAAAAGACAUGCUGAAGAUGACUGCUCUUCACUGGGCUACAGAACACAACCACCAAGAAGUAGUGGAACUCUUAAUAAAGUAUGGUGCAGAUGUCCAUACGCAGAGUAAAUUUUGCAAAACGGCAUUAGACAUUGCUCUAGACAAUGGAUAUGAAGAGCUGGCAGAAAUAUUACAGAUUGCAAUGCAGAACCAAAUCAACACAAAUCCAGAAAGUCCUGACACUGUGACGAUACAUGCAGCAACACCACAGUUCAUCAUUGGACCUGGCGGGGUAGUGAACCUAACAGGUCUGGUAUCUUCUGCAAAUACAUCAAAUAGAGCAGAUGACACAGGAGUGUCUGCUGUUCAGUUUGGUAAUUCCUCAACAUCAGUAUUAGCAACGUUGGCUGCCUUAGCAGAAGCUUCAGCUCCACUGUCCAACUCAUCAGAAACACCAGUUGUGGCUACAGAAGAAGUGGUGACUGCAGAAUCUGUAGAUGGUGCAAUCCAGCAAGUGGUCAGUUCCGGAGGCCAGCAGGUCAUUACCAUAGUAACGGACGGCAUCCAGCUUGGAAACCUCCAUUCUAUUCCCACUAGUGGAAUGGGUCAGCCCAUUAUUGUGACCAUGCCAGAUGGGCAGCAAGUACUUACAGUACCGGCAACAGACAUUGCUGAAGAAACCGUGAUCAGUGAAGAGCCUCCAGUCAAGAGACAGUGUAUUGAGAUAGUUGAAAAUCGGGUGGACUCUGCAGAAAUAGAAGAAAGAGAAACUUUACAAAAACAGCUGGAUGAGGCCAAUCGAGAAGCACAGAAGUACCGCCAGCAACUUCUCAAGAAAGAGCAGGAGGCAGAAGCCUAUAGGCAGAAGUUGGAGGCAAUGACUCGCCUCCAGACUAACAAAGAAGCUGUUUGAAUGGUUGAAGCAAGCGUUUUAUAAAGCCAGUUAAGGAAACUGCAGUACAAUCUGGACCUGCAUGCCAUAUAGGCAUGGACCCAGGAUUAUAUUCUAGAGAAGAUGCUACAGGUUUGAAACUGGACUUAAGCCAUGAGCUCUGAUGAAUUUCUUGUAUCAUAAAAACCCCCUCAGAAUUUACACAUUUUGUGCAAAAAAUAUUUAAAAAGAAAUACUGUAAAUAGUUGUUUUUUUACAGUUCCAAAAUUCGUUGCUUAAUCUUUUUGAAGGGAUCCACAAACAUGCAAAACCAAUGUUUUGUGACCUUUUUGAUUUUAGUAUAAAACUGCUGAAACACAGAACAGUUUUAAGGGUGAUAGCUGUUGAUUUAAACUGACAGUGUAAAAAAUGAAUUAUGUGACAGAACCAAUCCUGAGAGCUAGCAGCUUAGAUAUCUGAGUCAAAUAUCUUUCCUGAGUGGAAAUCUUUUGUACAGCUUUAAGUAGUUGCCCAGAAUCUCUGAAUCCUGCCCCUCUUUUUUAGGAAAAAAAUGUAAUUUUUAUAUUUAAUUCCUGAUAUAUUCAAGUAGAUUGACAUGUAUAUGAAGCUGAUAUUUUUUAAACUUUUCAGUUUGUAUAUAUGCUGCAUGUUUUUUAAUAAUUUCUAUAUACAUCUUACAUAAGUAUUUUUCAGGAAAGAGGAGGGAAAAUUAUGAGAAAAAAGGUUUAACAUACAGGUCAUGGAUUGUGGGGAGGGAAACAAGCUGGUGGAUCAUUGCUGGGCUUUUCUUUAAAUUAGGAAUGGCAUUUCUUGGAGGAAUGUAGGUUGGGAGAACUAAAAGAAAACCAAAACCAGUAUUUAUGUAAUAUAUGAAUAAUUUGAAACUAUUAUGGUCAGAGCAUGAAAUGUAUACUAUACAUUUCUAGUAUAUCUUACAAAAUUGGACUAUAAUUCUGCAGGUAGAGAUCAAGCAAAGAAUGUCUCCAUAAGACUUCUCCUCCCCUAUUGUGUUACCACCAUUGGAAAGACUGUUUCUUGACAGAAUAUUCAUAUUACAGGGCUAUAAACAAGGUAGAUGCAGUGAACACCAAAAGAUAGUAGGUAUGUGUAAUUUUGAUUGAUUAAAAGCAGGUACAAAUAAGCUGAGCUCAUAAAAACAAUUGGCAGUCUAUGUAUACAGACAGGUAAAUAGGAAACCGGCUGCUGGCGUAUAGUUGUACAAAUUACUGAAGAGGGUGGAAGCAAUUUACAAGAAUGAGGUCAGGGAAAGAAAUAAACAUACUACAUUCCACGUCUCAGUGAAGAACACAGAGCAGGCCUUGGCUCAAAGAGUGCCCAAGUCACAGUCUGUGCAGCACAGCAAUAACAUGGUGAGAUGCCGCAGGGGAUACGGAGUUCAGCUGGAGUCUUUGGAUGUGUCUGCUCACACUGCAGCUACUCUUCCUACAAGCUGGGGCCCUUGUUGGUUUUCCUCACAUUGCUGCUCCUCAUACUGCUCUCCUUCCAGAAGUGUGACUUUCAUGUAUGAACAAUAUCAAAGGUGGGAAAGUUGAAUUCUCUACAAUUGCCCUGAAAUGAAAUGAAUGAAAGUAAUCAAGAAGAAGAUGGGCUUUGAAUGGAAAUCAGUUCCUCUGCUCAUUUAUUCCUUCUGUUCUGCAACUGCUGUGAUCUCUCAUCUCUUACGAUGUCAGUAUAGUUUGGAAAGGAAAACGUUUUUGUUUGUGUUGUUAAUGUUUGUGCCCACUCAACACAUUGAGUAGUAGUCAGAAUGUUAUUUUUCUUGUUUUUCUUCACACAACAAGCUGGAAUCAAGAUUGCCCUAAUCAUUAAUUCUGGAGACAGGUUUCUGCACUUAAUAUCAUCAGUUAAACAGCAGCGGCGGGGGGGGGGGGCAUACAGAGAGGGCUAGGUUGGCUCUAUUGACACCUACAUAUAUUUCUGACAGAUAUGAUAACAUUUGGAUCUUUUAAGUUACCAAAAAUAAGAACCUUUGUAUUUUCAGUGUAUAAUGCUUUCAAUCUUCAAAGCAUUUAAUAUCAGCAGAUAGGAGGGCAGUCCUAAACGAUCAUACAUAUGAGUAGUUCCCAGUUGGUAGAAAUAUUUCUUUCAUAGGAUUGAGAUCUUAAAUCUUUAGUACAUCUAUGAAAAGUAGAUAGGUAAGUAGCACUUGGUCCCAAAUGGGAGACAAAUGUUAAAAGAUGUGCUAAGGGCCUCACGACUCAAAUGUGUAUUACGCACAUACAGCAGAAUGCAGAGUAGAUGGAACGGUACAUUACAGAUUGAUGGAAGCUGCUGCCAUUUUUGAAUGCAAGAAGAAAACUAAGUAUAGUGGGGAAAUAUCUAUUUAGAAAUGUGUUCCCUCACUUGCAUUCUCAAGUGGUACAGUCAUCUCACUGCACAUUCGGACAUUUGUGGCUUUCAGACCUUCACUUGGACCAUACUGCCUUAAGAUUAUGGAAUGCUACACUGCAUUACACUUCAAACGACCGUGCAGCUUCUUUAUUUCAGAAUAUAUCUUGUAUUUGAUUUGUGCUUUGCUGUGUCCAUGUUUCAGUGCUUUUAUGAAAAUGUAUAACUUUAUAAAUCAUCUAGAUUACCUAUACAAAAUAAUCGCCCUUAAAACUGUAUUCUGGUCUACUUUUUCUAUUUACAAUUAAAUAUCUUUUCCACAA